AUGCAUUUUCGGGCUGUCGUUCCGGCGGCGUCAUUCCCCUCGAGUUCAUCGCUGUACAACCGCCUCUUCGUUGCCAGAGAGUUCCUCCGGCAGCGCGCCGCUGGCGUUGAGCUGUCGAGAUCACAAGAAACCGAAGGCAUACGUGGCAUUUUGGAAAGCAAGGCCUACCAGAAAAUUCUACAGUACCCCGGAGAACUUUGGCCGGGCGAACACGAUGAGAGUCGUUUCCCUCCCGUAGCAGAGUUUGACUGGGGUCAUCUGUCUCAACAACCCGUGCCCGGGUUCGAGGUUCAGCCGCUGCCCCCAUGGAUGCAGCCCGCAGAUCCUUCUCAGGCAGAAAUUGCGCCGUCCUACGUGCACGUGCGCGACGCGUCAAUGCUGCUCAACGCAGCGUGGUUUUCGUCUCCUUGUGCUUUUCGAUCAACGGGUCAGGCAGAGCAGGCGGCCAGUGAAUGGGCUGAAGCAGACGCCUCGCUGCCCCGGCUUCCGGACAUUCACGAAGUGGCAGAACAAACCCAAGUGGGCAAAGUGCCGCGGCUUCCAGUCAAGCUCUUUAGCCCCGCAGUGGAUCCCCGUACAAAACGGCCGUUGAACCCUAUUUUGUUUGUUGGGUGCCGGCUGGACGGUGCGGCAGAGUUGGGGUCUAGCCAGCACUGCGCUAGCGCACCAGCGUUCCCUCGUUUUCACGUGAGGGGCCGCGGUGUGCUGGGCAGGUGGGGACCGAAUCACGCGGCGGACGCGCUGUUGACAGCCCGGAAUCCUGAAAACGGGAAGCUUCAGGUGGCUCUCAUCCGUCGAACGGAUGGAAGUGGAAGAUUUGCAAUGCCAGGCGGAUUUGUAGACCCUACAGAUGGCCCGUUCAUCGUUACGCCAACUGUGCGCGAAUUUUUGGAGGAGGCGGUUUCAUACGAAGAGGACGCAGACACAGCAGACAGCCAGCGUCUUUAUGAGGAGACUUUGAGCGCUCUGCGAAAUGUAUUCGGGUUUUUUUCCAGGGACAAAAGCACCGGUGCAAUCGUGUGGGAGAGUGAGCAGGCAAUUAAGUGGGGGAACCUCAUAUACGCCGGCUAUGUGGAUGACGAAAGGAACACUGAAAACGCGUGGAUGGAAACCAUAAUUCUUCACUGGCAUGUUAGCGCUCAAGAUUACGCGCGACUGCAUCUUCAGGCAGGAGACGAUGCUUCGCUGGGGUCUGCCGCGUUCUACGACAUCGACGGCGAUCCGCACCUUGUUGCUCUUGGCGUUGACCCGCUGAAAGAUUUAUACGCCUCUCACUCGGCCUUCUUGGUGAAGGUCAUCGAACAGCAUUUUCCAGAUGAGGCUUACUUGCUUGCAAAAGCAGCUUGA